AUGAAUGUUCUUCAGAAAGUGGUCUCCACUAGCGUAAAAGCCAUUCCUCGAAAUGGAUUUAUGCGUCAUUCGUCCCAUUUCGUGUAUCAGCCGGAUGCUAAACCACCGGUCGAGGGUCCUACGCAGAAGAUGAACAUGUUCCAGGCCAUCAACCAAGCGAUGGAUAUCGCACUGGAGCAGAACGAAUCUGCUUUGGUGUUUGGCGAGGACGUAGCGUUCGGUGGUGUGUUUCGUUGUUCGAUGGGACUGCAAAAGAAGUAUGGCAAGCAGCGGGUCUUCAACACGCCUCUCUGUGAGCAGGGCAUUGCCGGAUUUGCAAUCGGAGUGGCCAAUACGGGUGCGAAGGCGAUCGCUGAGAUGCAGUUUGCGGACUACAUCUUUCCCGCAUUCGAUCAGAUAAUUAACGAGGCAGCUAAGUAUCGGUACCGCAGUGGCAACCUAUACGAUUGCGGUUCGCUCACCUUCCGUGCACCGUGCAGUGCCGUGGGCCAUGGUGCGUGCUAUCACUCCCAAAGCCCCGAAGCCUACUUUGCACACACGCCAGGUUUGAAGGUGGUAGUACCGAGGGGACCAAACAAGGCAAAGGGAUUGCUGUUGGCAUGCGUGAACGAUAACGACCCCUGCAUCGUGUUCGAACCGAAAACACUGUAUCGUGCCGCGGUCGAAGAAGUUCCAGUCGCUGCGUUUGAAUCGCAAAUCGGAAAGGCGGAUGUUUUGCGCACCGGAACCGACGUUACGCUGGUUGGCUGGGGUACGCAGAUUCACGUCCUUCAGGAAGUUGCCAACAUGGCAAAGAAACAACUAGAUGUUAGCUGUGAAGUGAUCGAUCUAGUCUCCAUCCUGCCCUGGGACAAAGAAACGAUUUGUAAUUCGGUGAAGAAAACUGGACGCGUUCUGAUCGCUCACGAGGCACCCUUGACAAAUGGAUUCGGUGCAGAGUUGGCCGCUACCAUCCAAGAAGAAUGUUUCCUUCAUCUUGAGUCACCAGUGCUGAGAGUGACCGGUUGGGACACACCCUUCCCGCAUGUAUUUGAACCUUUCUACAUUCCCGAUAAGCACCGAUGUCUAGCGGGUAUUCGGAAGCUGAUCGAUUACUGA